AUAGGAGUGCAUUAGUGAUGUGUUUUUACUUCUUGUUCUCAUUCCUUGGCAGGUAACUAACGAACCAUGGAACUCAACACUGAGUAUCUGUACACAGCACUUGCCAGUGUUGUGAGCAUUCUAUUGAUUUCUUAUUACUAUGCCCACGUUACAAAGAGCACUAAGACUAAGCCACCCCUAGCCGCCGGUGGCUGGCCUUUAAUCGGCCACCUCCACCUCUUAGGCGGUUCCCGCCACCCACCUUACAUAACCUUAGGAGACUUAGCAGACAAGCACGGGCCCAUCUUCAGCAUCCGAUUCGGGGUGCACCCAGCUGUGGUGGUCAGCACAUGGGAGCUAGCCAAGGAGAUCUUCACCUCCCUCGACGUCAUCGUCUCCGAUCGUCCCAAAUACACCGCUGCAAAGAUCCUCGGCCACGACUACGCCAACUUCGGGUUCUGCCCUUAUGGUGAGUACUGGCGCGUGAUGCGGAAGCUAACCGCCUCGGAGCUUCUCGCCACGCGCCGGUUUGACUCGCUUAGAGAGAUAAGGGAUUACGAGGUGAGGAGCGCGGUCGAAGAGCUGUUACUCAGAGCGCGCUCCUCACCUCGUGAUUCUUCCGUUGUUGUGGAGAUGAAGAAGUGGUUGGGGGACAUGAACUUGAACGUGAUUCUGAGGAUGAUUGCUGGGAAGAGAUACGGUGGUGUUGAUGAUGAGGAGGUGAGGAAGGUGAGGAGGGUUUUCAGGGAGUGGUUUCGUUUGACGGGGUUGUUUGUGGUUGGGGAUGCGAUUCCGGUGCUUGCGUGGCUUGACUUGGGAGGGCAUGUGAAGGAGAUGAAGAAAACGGCGGUGGAAAUGGAUAGUGUGAUUUGUGAGUGGUUGGAGGAGCAUCGCCGGCGGAGAAGAGAUGUUUCAGGGGAGAGUGAAACAGAGCAGCAGGAUUUCAUUGAUGUUCUGUUGUCUGUACUUGACGGCAUUGAUCUUGGUGGUUAUGAUGCUGACACUGUCAACAAAGCCACCUGCUUGACGCUAAUUGCAGGGGCAACAGACACCACAACAGUUACAAUGACAUGGGCACUCUCCUUAUUGCUAAACAAUCCUCACACUUUGAAGAACGUUCAAAAGGAGCUAGACGAACACGUAGGAAAUCAAAGACCAGUAAACGAAUCAGACAUCUACAACCUACCCUACCUCCAAGCAGUAGUCAAAGAAACACUGCGAUUAUACCCAGCUGGCCCCCUCGCUGGAGCGCGUCAAUUCACAGAGGACUGCACCUUAGGCGGCUACCACAUCCAAGCAGGCACAAGAUUGAUCCUAAACCUCUGGAAGAUGCACAGAGACCCGCGCGUGUGGGAAGAUCCUCUAGAGUUUCAACCGGAGAGGUUUCUGAGUAGCCGCCACAAGGGUGUGGAUGUGAAGGGUCAGCAUUUUGAGCUGCUUCCGUUUGGUGGUGGAAGAAGGUCAUGUCCUGGCAUAUCGUUUGGCCUUCAAAUGACGCAGUUGGCUCUUGCUGGUUUUUUGCAGGCGUUUGAGGUUGCGACCCCGUUGAAUGAGGAGGUUGAUAUGAGUGCCACGUUUGGACUCACUAAUAUUAAGACCACUCCGCUUGAGGUUGUGGUUAAACCUCGUUUACACUCUCACCUCCUCUUUGGCAAUCAACAUCAGCCAAAUCCACUGCAUUAGCCUUCAGUUUUUAUGGUACUCAUUAAAUAAGCACUGAGGACCCUUUACUCUGAUCACGUUUAGAUUCUAGUUUUAUGCUUAAUCUGAUGUAUAAAAUGUAUUUGAGCUUAAUGUGUUUGAUAAUAAUAAUAAGGAAAAUGUUUGGUAUAAA